UAAACAGUUCGGAAAAACUGAAAAGCAUACGAUUGUUGCUGCCAUUUUUCUCCUUUUUUAGGAGUUUUUCCAGCGAUAAUGGCGAGCAUCGAUACCUCAAUCACACAUGCUUCGUCUUUGGAAAACUUCCUCGAAUUCACAGAAUGUUUGCCUGACGACAUCCAAAGAAGUAUUACCCAGAUGAGAGAACUUGAUCGCCAAUACCAAGAGCGACUGAAAGAAAUAGAAAGAUUGAUGAAUUCUUAUCAAAAAGAAAGAGACUCGGCAAUGAAGAGAAAGUAUUUAAUUCAAAUCCAGAGACGGUUGGUAAAAAGCCAGGAAUAUGGUGAUGAGAAACUACAGCUAGUUGGACACAUCAUGGAAGUGGUUGAAAAUAGAAGUCGGCAAGUAGAAAUUGACAUGGAACACUUGGAUACUUAUCGUAAUGAUGAUAUGCCAACACAAAUUAUCAAGCAUGAAGUUCCAGUGUCAAUGAUUGAAGAUAUUCCAGUAAUAAAAACAGAAAAGACAAAACGGAACAGACGGCAAAGAAAUCAUGAUAAGCAUGAUUCUGAGACAGGAGGAGGAUCAUCAGGAGGGGCUGAUAACCAAAAACCAGUCAAGAAGAAGGCUAAAGUCAGCAGAAAAAAAGCCAAGAAUCAAAAUUCACCCCAGCCUGAUAUCCCAAUUGACCCUAAUGAACCUACGUACUGUUUAUGUAAACAGGUUUCAUUCGGGGAAAUGAUUGGAUGUGACAACGACAAUUGUCCAAUAGAGUGGUUCCAUUUCCAGUGCGUUGGACUCACUAACAAGCCAAAAGGAAAAUGGUACUGUCCAAAGUGUACUCCCCAAGACCGAAAAAGAGAAAGAAAUUAUCCCAGAUAAGUCAGAUAGUUGUGGUGUGGUUUGAUAUCUAAGCUUUACGUGUACAUUGAUAUGAAGCUUCAAGUAGAAGACGUUUAGUAAAACCUAUUCGGAUAAUAUUACCAAUCACUCUUUGUCCAAAGAAACAAUCCAAGACACGUGUCUGGUGUAUUGGUGCGGAGUCAGACAGUACAGUGGCAGAUCCAGAACGAUUUCAAGGGGGUGACUGUUACUUAGAAAGGCAGCACAUAGCAUCCUUUUUAGGUCUUACUUUAUCCUUAAUUCUUUUUUUUUUUCAAUCCAAAGAGUCGACUAAUCGACUAGUCAACCGAUUCACCUCCAUCUGGAUCUGCCCUUGCAGUGUAAGACAGUUUUAGUUAACUACUUAAACAGUCUUAACGACCUUUCGGACUCAAUAAUGAUAAGUGUACUCCAAGGAAAAAUUGAUCAUAAAUUCAGUUUUGCAGUU